CUUGUAAGUAGUUAGUCGGAAACUCCAAGUAAAAGUUUUGUGUUACGCAUCUGAUUCGAUCACUCAAGAUUCCGCUCUGUUUCGUCCCUCGGUCUAAAUGCAAACAUAACUCAUGUCACGGCAACUAGUCGUCAAUCUACUGCAUUCUUUAUUUUUGUUUAGAAGCCGUGCCGUAUUGUGCCUUUUCAUUCUAGUUUUUUUCACCUGCUGUUCCCCAAAUAAAAUUCGCUUCGAGCUUCGAGCAGUGCCGCUUUGAAUCACAAAAUACCCUUGAGCUACUCGUCAUGGCCACGGGGUACUCCGAAGCUGACCUGAAUUGACGAACAGCUUCCAGAGCUCCGAAUCUGACCUGAAUUGACGACAAAAAACAGCCGCAAAAAUGGCCGACGCCUUCCGUCUUUUCCUGGAGUUUUGCUGUGCGAGCUUUCCGAUUGUGCUGUUCUCCGCGCCCGUAACGGUGUUUUACGAGCAGAGAUAUGUCACGAAGCAGCCGAAGAUCGACAUGCCGCCCCUCCCGAUUACCGGAAUGAUCAUGCAGUGCGGGCUGUGGCUGCCGUUCUGCAUUUUGAACGAGCUCCACGAGGGGACCAUUCCGAACGUGUGGGGGGUCGUCGCCGGGGUCGCGUUUCUGGUGCUGUACAAGAAGAAUUACAAGUAUGAGAGUGCUGCACAACUCCCCCGCCUCUCCCUCAUUUGUAUAGCAUGAACGGCAAUACAAGCGUCAGCAAGAGUGCCGGCUUUGCAUGAUAGAUUUGCACAGGAGUGUGCGACUGUUUGGGAAGAUUCCGGAGUUUGUCAUGCAUAAUUAAUAGUGACAGGAGGGACAGUCUGGAGUUGGUGUUUUGCAUUAGAAAUGAGAACGAGGGGGAGCUGUGCACUGUCAUAACAGGCCGGAGGUGUACGGGAAGGAACUGUACUGGCAGACCAUCGGCAUCUUGGCGAUUAUUGCGAGGAAAAAUCCUUCCUCCCCGUAUUGAAAAGGACGUUUUUGAUGCUGGAUUGGUGUACACAAAUCGACUUGUAUUGCUAAAAGGCCAAGGGACAUUGCUGUGACCACCUGAAUUGCAGGCAAUUUGUCAUCAAGGUGUUUCCCGCUUCCACUCGCCUCCUGUCAUGCGGAAGAUGCAAGGCUUUCCCACGCCAGCCAGCACUACAGUCUGUCUUUUGUUCUAGCAUGGCAACGUGGUAGCAAAUCAUGCGACACAAAUCACCGCUUUAGUAUGGGGAGAGGGGAUUUUUCAUUUUGAUAGCGAUGAUCUUUUCUUUACUCGUCGUCAUGCUCCUCAUCGCCGUCGACAUUAUGGAUGACGAAGCGCAACAGGACCUGUUCGCAGCCACCGUCGGCUACAUUGCCUGCUGCGUCUCCUGCGUGUUUCUCGCGCACCCGGUUAUCGGGAUGGUGCGGACCGUGUUGACGAAGAAUGUGAACGUGAUGGGCUCCUUCGCCAUGAACCUGGUCGCGCUGCUCGCCGUAUCAAAUGCAAAAAUGUCUGGGUCGGGGAGACUCCGAGAUUUGUCAUGCAGUUUUUCCAAGCUCCCUCACGUCUGGAAUGCAGGGCCUAGCGUCACAGGUUCUGCAGCUCCUUGGUCAUGCGUAUUCUGGAUGAGAAAUGCACUCUCAGCAUGGCCAGAAGUGGGCACCUUUUGCACGUUUAUGCAUCACAGAUCUUAUUUGUAGUAUCCGAAACACGCAUCACAAGUUCGGAUCCUUCCAGACCCAGACAUUUUUGCAUUUGAUACGCUGGCACAGUCUGGAUCCUCAACGGGGCUUUGUUCGUACCCGACGAAGUGAAGGCGGUGAUCAUCACCCCCAACGCGUGCGCCGUCGUGUGCAACGUCGCGGCGUUUGUUGCCCGGUGGAAGCUGCGGAACGAAAAACCACUACCCGAUUUAUCAAUUGCAAAAAUGUCAGGGUCUGGGAAAAUGCAAGAUUUGUCAUGCUUGUCUGGCAUGACUGUUAAUUCUGUGAUGCUUAGGCGCAAAAAGAUCUUCUUGCCUGUCAUGCAAAAAUGGAGCCUGCCAUGCGGAUUACGCAACACGCAGGAGCUCAAAAACUUGUCAUGCGCGGUCACCGAUUGCAGUGAGCUCAUUGUUCACAGACUUGCAUCACAAGUUUCUAGACCCAGACAUUUUUGCAUUUGAUACGAAUCUGUGUUCGACGAAAAGAUUGCCGCGAGUGACAGUUUAUCAACUGUAAAAAUGUCUGGGUCUGGAAGAAUCCAACUUGUCAUGCUGAUUUUGGAUUCUAAAAAAAUCUGUAUUGCAUGAGCAGCAAAGAGAGUCCAAGUUUUGCUACACGGACGGAGCAUUUGUCAUGCGGUAUAGGCAUCAGGAAGCCCUCACAAAAUCUGUGAUGCUAGGGCAUGCAUCACAGACAUCAGGAGUCAUGCAAAAUGUGCAUGACAAGCCUGGCAAUCUUCCAGACCCAGACAUUUUUACAUUUGAUACAGUUGGCUUUUGAAGUGUCUCUUCGGGAAGGGAAAGGAGCAGGACGAGAUGGCCAGCAGCGUCGUCGUGCCAACGGGGGAAGGAAGUACUAGGACAAGCGGAGGAAAUAAAGUCGACGCGGGAAUAGAUUGUACAGCAACGGCUGUCGAUCUGGAAGAAGUGGCGGAACAAGGAGGUGGUAAUUCUUCAGCGUUGGGUGGAACGACUGCUCUCACGACAGCCAAGGAGGACAAGUCUUCUUCUGCGACCUUGUCAACGACGGCGGAGUAUGAAUUGCAAAGGUAUCGCACUAAUAGAAUUCUUGCAAUACAAAUUAGCUCAGCAUGACAAAUAGAUUUUGUGAUGCGGAUUCAGCUCAAGAAAGAGAUUUGUAAUGCAUCUAAUGGAGCUCAAGAACGAACCAAUUACUAGUACUACGAGUGCGAUACUUUUGCAAUUCAUACGGAGCUCUACCAGCUAUCCGCACCGGAGGAAGAAUUGCAGGGAGGGGGCGACGAGGAGGCUUUGUAGGUGCUGCGGAUUUGCAACUACAACUAGUACCUAGGGGAAUCGACCAAAAUAAUUUUCAUUGGAGAGCUGGAACUGGGUUGAAAUCCAUUAUUUUCCAACUAACUUGCUGGUGGAUCUUGUGGUGUGCACUGCUCGCACUUGUGCACUGUUCGCACCGCAGUUCAUCAAUACGAACGUACAUAAAGCUUUGUUUCGAUUAUUCUUGUACAGACAUUUGAAUGAAUAUCACAACAUAGACCGCUACUAACUUUAUCAUUUUUUAUUUUCGCUCGCAGGGAGAGGCUGGGAAUGCAGCACCACCGGCCGACGGGCGCGGCAUAUGUAAUUUUCAUCUGCUACAUACUUUUUUGGUCAACAUCAUCUCCACAGAAACAUUUUCCGCGCACAGAAAGCGCCGGCUUAGACCUCGAUAGAACUUGUACAGAAAGGUUUG